AAGAGGAGAGGAAGUGGUUUGCGUCACCAUUUCUUCAACAAAUAACGAACUCACUCUCUCACACAAAUUUCAUGGCAAUGGCUUCUUCCUCUUCUCUCCAUCAACUACUCUUCCCAAAACACCGCUACCUUUCUCGUAAUUCCAUAUUUGCCGCUCCUCUCCGCUUUUCUUCCCCCGUUCGCGCCACUGCCACCUCCUCCGUCACUCUUCAACAGGAUGUGACUAAAACUUUGGAGGCUGACUUGUUCUGUUGCCCAAUUUGUUAUCAACCGCUCAUAAGAAAAGGACCGCCUGGUCUUAACUUGCCAGCUAUUUAUAGGUCUGGUUUCAAGUGUGAUAAGUGUGACAGGUCAUAUUCCAGUAAAGAUAACUAUCUUGAUCUCACUCUUAUUUCUGGAUUGAAGGACUACGUUGAAGUCAAACCAGCUUCUACUGAGCUAUUCCGGAGUCCAUUUGUAUCGUUUUUGUACGAAAGGGGCUGGCGUCAGAAUUUCAACCGAAGUGGCUUCCCUGGUCCUGAUGAAGAGUUCAAAAUGGCUCAGGAAUACUUCAAACCUGUCGAAGGUGGCCUUCUUGUAGAUGUUAGCUGUGGGAGUGGUUUGUUCACCAGAAAAUUUGCAAAAUCAGGGACAUAUUCUGGUGUCAUUGCUCUUGAUUUUUCAGAGAGUAUGCUUCGCCAAAGUUAUGAUUUCAUUAAGCAAGAUGACACCAUUUUGACUUCCAAUCUUGCUCUUGUUAGGGCAGAUGUUUCUAGGCUUCCCUUCUCAUCUGGUUCUGUUGAUGCUGUUCAUGCUGGGGCAGCCUUACACUGCUGGCCCUCUCCUUCCAACGCUAUUGCUGAAAUCAGUCGUAUAUUGCGAAGUGGUGGGGUAUUUGUUGGAACCACUUUUCUUAGAUACACUUCUUCCACUCCCUGGAUAGGACGGGCUCUGAGACAGAGGAUUUUGCAGAACUAUAGUUAUUUAACUGAAGAAGAGAUUGAAGACGUGUGCACAUCAUGUGGUCUAACCAACUACUCAAGCAAAGUUCAACAAUCUUUCAUCAUGUUUUCUGCUCAGAAGCCUUGAAACUGGGUGAUUGAUUUGAAUUACAUAUUCUCCAUACUUGGCAGUAUCAUUACAUGAUGGUCAGAAUUGAUAAAUUUGUAUAUACAUAUAUAAAUUUAGUAAAUAAUACCUGAAAAAGUGAUAACUUGGGAAGACGUAAAGUGUGAUUAUUAAUGGAACUUGAAACUCAAAUAUGUUUAUAUGAGAAUAGAGAUUAGAAGUAAGAAGAUAACA